AUGGCUAAUCCAAAUUUUCAGAGGCAAAAUCGACGAGCAGAUCUUCAUUAUCAAUGUAUUGGAUUAGCCACAAGUAAGAGCCUCAAAAACCUAAAUUUGCAGCACUUCUGGGUGUUGCCUCUAUCGAUUUUGGAAGGGAAAACAUUGGUGCAACUUAGCUUACAUUGUUGUUCUCUUCGUCAGCCAAACCGAAUAAUGGGUCCUAAUCUCAAUUUACAUAACUUCAGUGCCUUACCUUCAUCAUCAGUUUGUAAAGGUUUUUCCUUGGUUCAACUAAACUUGUGUACUUCACAGCAUAAAGAGAGAAUAAUGUGGCCUAAUCUGAAACGGCUAUCUCUUCGAAAGAUAUCUUUUGAUGAGAGGACGUUCGCGAUUAUGAUCAAGGGCUGCCCUUUAAUUGAAAUCUUUGAGAUUGAUGAAUGCUGCCAAAAUACACAUCCCUCCGAAUCAUUUAGUUUCAAGAUUACUAAUCUUCACAACCUAAAGCAACUUAAAGCUGGGUUAUCUUAUUGGCAACGCGUUGAAGUAAAAGCAGCUCCGAAUUUGGAGUUUGUAGAUUGUAUAAACUUCUCUGGGCACUCUAGUUAUGACCAACUCAGAUUUCUCAGCUCAGAAUACCGAAGUGUUAGAAUUUUGAAGCUGUUUAACGCAGGAUUCGAAGGCAACUUUUCAAAGUAUUCCGUCCAUUGGACACAAAGAUUUCCGCAACUUGAAGAGUUAUCAAUCCAAGGUUACACCAAGUUGGAAAGUAUCAAUAUAUCAAGUCGGUCAUUGAAGAAAUUACAACUGAUAAGUAUCCCCCGAUUGCAAGUGGCACAUUUUGAUGUGCCCAACAUUGCUCUCUUCAGUUAUGAAAACCGCAUCAACAGCAGCUUCGAUGUUAUGCCCAAGUUAUCAUUUACAGUUGGCUCGGGCAGAUGGAUCUCUCGGAUCGAUUUCGAAUGCAACCAUUACAUGGGUAGUUCGUGCUGGGUAAAGUUGAAGGAAUUCCUGACAUCACUCAAAGGGUCCGACACUUCCAUCUUUCUUAGUUUCACAAGUGGUGUGGCGGAUAUUCCAAUGGCGUUUCCUAUAGGUCGCGAUGUCCCAGAUAUCCGAGAAGUUUUCAUAUCCGCGAGGGACCCUUUUCAUGGUAAUAGGUAUUCCUUAGGUUACAAGGAUCAGAAGCUAUUGUCCAAAAUGUGUUGGACAGAUUACAAGUACCACAAACUAUUGCUUGUCGAGUUAUACAUGAUCCUGAGGAAGCAAAAAAAGAUUGAAACGUUGUCAUCAGCGAGUAGUAGCCGUUUGAGCAGAAAAUCACAACAUCAGCAGUACAAGCCGACAAAGGGCGAUAUACCAAAUUGUCCAAGGUGUGCUUCUUCCAACACCAAAUUUUGUUACUACAACAAUUACAGCUUGUCACAGCCUAGAUACUUCUGUAAAGGCUGCCGGAGAUACUGGACCAAAGGAGGAUCUUUUCAAGAAUCAUUGAUUUCCGAAUCGAAUUCUCGUAACUCACAAAAUACACAGCUCUGUCAAAGUCGCCGAUCAUUUGUCAAAGACUUUCCCUUACCUGGUUGUGAAAGAAGCGAGAACAAUAGUUGGCUUGAGUUCCCUGAAUCUGCAUAUAGAAAUCUUAAAAGUGUGUUCCUGAGUGAUGGAGUGUUGAUAAUCGACCACCUUGAUGACGAAAGCAAUGUCGACUGGAGCAUUAAAUUUCUCAGGUUAGAAAAUUUAUCGAUCCAAAGCUACCAGAACUUGGAAAGAAUCAAUAUAUCUAGCUCGUCACUUGAGAAAAUCCAGCUGCUAAACACCAGCGGAUUCCAGGAGGCUCACUUUAACGUACCUAGCAUUGCCCUUUUCGACUUGCUAAGUUGUGAGAUCUUCCAUUCUAGUGGGGAUUCCAGUGGCUUAACCUACUCCAAAAAAGAAAAAGGGUCGCGGUUUCUGCUACCAUCGAACUGUGAGGAGUUUCUGAAGAUAUUAAAAGAGCAAAGAAUGAAGAUAUAUAUGCCAAUUGUUAGCAUCAACUUGGAAUGGAGAACUUGUGAGAUUGCGAUAUGGUUUUGUACGUAA